AUGCCUUACCACAUCAUCUCCCCGUCCGUGCGCAUCAACUACCUGAUCCACCACCCGCCCACACGGGCGCACAAACCAUGGGUCGUCCUGAUCAACGGCCUCGCGGACCCGCAGACAACAUGGGCCGCGCAGAUCCCGGCCUUCACGCGCGCGGGAUACACGGUGCUCACGUACGACAACCGGGGCAUCGGUCUGUCCUCGCGGCCUGAGGCCGACGACGAGGUCUCCACGGCCGACACCAUGGCCGCAGAUCUGCGUAGCCUGGUCACGGCGCUGAACUUGCACGUCGCCGCCACGCCAUACCACGUCAUGGGCGUCAGUAUGGGCGGGAUGAUCGCGCAGACCUACGCGCUGCGGUAUGGCGGCGGCGAGGGCGAGGGAAAUGGUGAAAUCGCCAGCCUCACCCUCGCGUGCACGUACGCCGCUCCGGGGCCCUUCUGCAGCAGGAUGUUCGCGCUGUGGCGCGAUAUGGCCCAGCGCAUGUCGGUCGCGGACGUCAUGCGCGACGUCGCCCUGUGGGCGUUUACCCCGGCCUUCUUCGCCGACCCGGCCACGCGCGACGACGUCGCCGCCAUGGAGGCCGAGAUGGCCCAGAUCGACAGCGACAUGGGCCUGCGCGCCUAUCUCGCCCAGUUGAACGUCAUUACCGGCUUCGACACGCGGGCCUCCGUGGGCCGGCUAGGAGCCACGGCUGCCGAGUCGGGUGCCAAAGGUGGAGAAGUCGGUGAAAAGGCCGCCGGGAUGGAGGUCAUCGUGCUCGCGGGCGAAGGAGACAUCUUGAUCCCCGUGUCGCUGUCCAAAGAGCUGCACGCCCUCAUCCCCGGGAGUCGCUGGCGCACCACCAAGGGCGGGCACGCCUGUAUGUGGGAGUUCCCGGACGAGUUCAACCAGGCGUGUCUGGAGGGAUGGAAGGAGGUGGAAGAGCGGAUGCUCUCGGCGAGUUGA